ACAUAAUGCAAAGCAGACAAGGUACAAAUGCACCAGGCUGCACAUAGUGCAAACAAAGUAAAUGUAGUGCCAUCAGAUUUUAAAAAUUGCGCAUAUAAAAUAUCCUGAAAAACGGAAUAUUGUCACCCUAUAGCAUUAUUAUUUGAUAUUAUCAUUUGUUUAAUUAUUAGUUACAAAUUCUGUUACACUGAUUGCAGUAGCUGAAUGCACGUAGUCGUCUACACGGUUGCGUGAGGGUGGUUACGGGCCAGCCGGUACGGGAUUUUACGAUCGGAAGUAUGCUUCUCCCCGCCUGGCUCCGUAGAGCCCCGUGGAGCUCCCGCCGCCAGGGAUUCUGAUGCAGUGCGAACCUUCUCCACAACCACCCUGUCACCACAGAAACUGUGUCCCUCCACAGACACCGUGAGCCCUGGCUGUAGUUCCUUGCAUCGUGUCCCUCGUGCUGCCAUGGGUGGCCAAUGGCUGAGCUGGCUGCUGGUCUGCCUCUGUCUGGUGCGGGGCCGCUGUGGCGGACUGCGGGAUCUGCACACGGAGUUUGCCGUCAGACUCUACCAGGCGCACGCAGACAGGGGCUCCAACCUCAUUGUGUCGCCCCUCAGCGUCUCCAUGGCCCUGGGGCUCCUGCAGUUUGGGGCCAGGGUGCGCAGCCUGGCCCAGCUGGAGGAAGCCCUCGGCUAUAACGUCAAGGAUGUGCAUGUACAGGAGCUCCUGCAACAUGAUUGGGGGGGUGUGGGUAACUCCAGCCGGAGAGUGGCAGUUCGCCUGGCAUGUGCCCUGUUCAUCCAGCACGACAUAUCACUCCUCCCAGCCUUUACCCAACAUGCAUCAGCAUGGGGCAACAGCAGCCUGGUACAAACAAGCUUUAAUCAGCCAAACCAGACUAUCAGCCAACUUGAGGAUUGGAUCCGCAGAAAUGCAGAUGCUGACACUGAGAUGGAUGUACAAUUGCCCAUCUGGAGUGACUCCCCAGAGUGGGCGGGGCCACACAUGGCACUGGUGAGCACACUGGCUUUCCGUAGCAUCUGGCAGAGGUGCUUUCAUCUAGGGGAGGAGCUGCCCUUCACCUUGACUAAUGGCAGUGUCACUAAAGUUCCCAUGAUGCACCAGCUCACAGAGGCCCACUUUGGCCAUUUCCAUACUCCCAUGGACCUGAGGUACAGUGUCCUUGAGCUCCCCUACCUGGGAGGUUACUUUGGUCUUCUGGUGGUCCAGCCCAGUGACAGAAAGAUGCCCCUGUCCCAACUGGAGACACAGCUCAGUGGACAUGCUGUGACCAUGUGGCACUCCAGCCUGCACAGGAUCAAGAUGGACAUCUUCCUCCCUAGGUUCAGGAUCCACAGCAAGUCCAGCUUGAGAUCGGUGCUGCCCUCACUUGGUGUCUCUGACAUCUUCGAUCCCGCAGUUGCAGACUUCACAGGGAUCUCAGCUGAGGAGGGUCUCUAUGUGUCAGAGGCUCUGCAGGAGGCCGUGGUGGAGGUCAUGGAGAAUGGAACCAAGGCAGAGGCAGUCACAGCGGUGGUCCUGCUCAAACGCUCCCGGGCGCCCGUGUUCAAGGCAGACCGACCCUUCCUUUUCCUCCUCAAACAAGUCAGCACAGGUACCAUUCUGUUCAUCGGGCGUAUGCUGAAUCCAGCAGAGCAGAAACUAUGACAGCAAUAAUCAAACUCGCCCCCUCCCCCCCCAAAAAAAACCCCAAAACAAAACAUAAAACCACAGAUAUUCAAUCUGACAGACACUGAAUCAGUUACAGCAGUGUUUCCCACCCCAGUCCUCGGGGACCCCCAAACAGUCCACGUUUUUGCUCCCUCCCAGCUCCUGAUGUGAAAAGUCUGGAGCAAAAACGUGCACUGUCUGUGGGUUCCUGAAGACCGGCUUGGGAAGCACUGAGUCAGUGUGAUAACAGGGGAAGCACUGAGUCAGUGUGAUAACAGGGGAAGCACUGAGUCAGUGUGAUAACAGCUGUAUAAAUA